AUGGCAGACAACAAUCCAUUCGGCCUCAAAUGCGUUUCCAAUGGUGCUCAGCUGUACGUCAACAACACCCCCUCGGCGUAUCUGGGCUGCUGCGUCAGUGACCCCAGGAUAACCGACGACGCCCUCUGCCCGCAGAGCGACAUUCGGGCCAUGACGUUUGACAAGGCCAUGUACGACAACAUCAAGCCGCAGCAGUGCGCAAAGGGCAAAUCCUCGUGGUACACGUGCGCACUUACCACUCCACCGUUUAUAGGCUGCUGUACGACCAACCCGUGUUUGAACGGCGGCUGCCCGUCGAGCAAUCUCGGGAGCGCGACGCUGAGCAGCAACCCCAAGGACGCCGCGUCCUUUAUGGAGGGCGCGGGCAAGUCGGCAGCGCCAGCGUCUUCCUCGACGGCGACCACGACCACGACCAAGGCGACCGAGUCGUCUGCCGCGCCAACCGCCUCGCCGACGCCCUCUUCGUCCGCGCCCGCCGCAGGCGACAGCGGCGGCGGUAACAACAGCAGCCACCCAGGCGUCACUGCUGGCAUCGCAGUAGGUGCCGCCGUCGGCGUCGCGGCCGUGGUGCUCGCCGUUCUCUGGUGGAUGCGGCGACGACGUGCCAAGGCCAAGCAGAACGGUGCUGCUGGUAGCGACGCCCCGUUCAGCCCGGCGACACAGUGUGCGACGCCGUCGACGCCUGCGUGGUCCGCGGGACAGUCGCACAUGGUCUCGGACUACCAAAAGUGCCCGACAGGCCCCGGCAGCCCGGUGCCGCCAGACUACUACUCGGUCGCCACGGGCGGCAAGCUGCCCGUGGAGGCGACGGAGCUCCCGGCCAACAACGUCUGCUUUGAGCUCGCCGCGGACGACGGGCCGGCGCCGCCGCCAAAGAAGCAGUAA